AUGGCUCAACACAUUCAUUCACCACAAGAAUUCAAUCAAGUUCUCUCCUCCAGCAGUACUGCCGCCAAAGUGGUGAUGGCAGAUUUCUAUGCAAAUUGGUGCAGUCCUUGCCGACAAAUCGCUCCGACUGUUGAACAAUUGGCAACCCAAUAUCAACACUGUAUCAAUGUUGUUAAAGUUAAUGUGGAUCAUCAUGAUGAACUUGCUGAUAAAUAUCAUGUGAAUCAAAUGCCAAGUUUUAUCUUUCUCAAGGAUGGUAAAGUUGUGGACCGUUUUAUUGGUAAUAAUCCAACCAUGUUGAGAGAGGCAAUGCAAAAGAAUUGUUUCACCAAUUAAUUAUUAAUUUUGAAAUUAUUGAUACGAUUUAAAUAUUAGAGAGGAAUCACAAAGAUGAUAAUAAUAUCUGUUAUUUGUUGUGCAUUGUAUGGUGGAAGAGAGAAUCAAAUAAUGGAAGAGAUUUUGGCUUUCGGAAUACUUUAUAAAUCAUAAUUUGAUAUAA